AUGGGGGAAGUUCACAGUAUGAGGACACCUCCGCUUCCAUCGCCGGCUGAAGCCCCCUCGCCUGUUCUCGCUUCUCAGUCCCACCACCGUUUCUCCUCUCAACCCUUCUCCAGAUUUGUACACAGUGAAGAAGGCGCAUACCCAGUCGGUGGAAAUUCAGACUCCGGAUAUGACCCUCGGAAGGCUAACUCUUCACCCUAUUCUGUCCCACAUGAGCAGACCGCGCAUCAAUAUCGAUUACAUACUUCUGCAGAGAAAGAGAAUUUAGAUGCCAGGAACGGGCAUGAGGAGGAUCUAGGUCGAAAUCAACCUACCCUCAAAGACCUCCGGCGGCAGAUGGAAGAAUUGCUUGCGUACCAACAGAUGCGAAACUCCCAGAACCCGGGUUCUUCAGUUCCUCACGAGAUCGCUGCGCCGCAAGGAUCCGCAAGCUCAGUCCCGCCAGAAUCGACUAAGAAGAGACGCAUCUCCAAUGUAUUGUCGCCGCAGGUCGCACCACCCCUCACCGGAGCGCCCGAUUCAGCCGGAUCCAGCGGCACAAUUCGAGGCACGGAGUCGCAGACAACUCCCGAAACCUUGCCUCUGAAAACGCCGUCGUACCCGUUUCCAGAAAUGCCACCGCAAAAAACGAAACAAAAAUUUGUCGCGCAAUUGAACAACGGCUCUUUUAAGCUGACUCUCCCCGCCGAGAAGUUGAAAGGUCAUAUCGCAUCAUCACAUAUCCCGGCUGAAGGACAGCAGCCCGUUCCAGCUCUGUUUCCGGCAUCCAACAGUGCAUUCGUGCCGGCAGACCAUAAGCCUGUCGUGGAAGACCCAGCCUAUCCGAGUCCUAACCUUUAUGAGCUCACACUACAGCUCAAUGCAGAUCCUGGUCUUGACGCCUGGUGGACAAAUGUUGUUAAUAUAUUGCAGACGCACUAUGGGGCAGAGCGGGCCUCACUUGCUGUACCGGGUGAUGCAACGGAUCUCGAAAAUGUACCCUGGGGCCAAAAGGCGAUAUUCAACGAAGGUGUUCCUGAGAACGACAAACUGGGCCCGUCGACUGAAACCCAAGGCGACACUACGCACCCGAAGGUAUUGGUACAUGCCGAGAACGUGAAGGAAACGCCUGAUGCAGAUGUUGUGAAUGGACCUCCGACGCCGGCUAGUUCUGGAAUCCGACCGCCACUUUUGACACGGCACUCGUUCGCUGGGUUCGGCAAAGACAGGAAGAAGCCUACCCCGAAUGACGCGGACACACUGCGCAGAUUGAAAAGCCCGCUCAAGUCUGAGACGCCACGCAUGCAGGAACAGGACCAAACCCCGACGCCUGUGCAGACAACUACUCAAGAUACCGCGAGCGUUACUCAGAAAUACCACAGACUGGCUGUUUUCCCGACGACGAGAGCCCUGGAAUUUGAGCCAGACCCUCUUAUCAAGAGGACGGGUGUGGUAAAGUUAUUUGGACGCACGAAACCCGUGAUCUUGACGCGAGAAUACUCACAUUCUCCGGCAUCCAAGGCACCUUAUGCCGAACCCGUUCAAACUCCGGAAGACAAGGUUCAAGUGACUCCGACCGCCGAACCUUCUCAUAUACCUCAGCGAACCGCGCCGACUGCCGCUCGAGCCAGAUCCCUCUCUAACCCUGCAGUUUCCGUCAUACAAGCGCAACGUCACCCCUUCAUGGAAUUUCUCGAUGAAUACGAACAAGUCCCUCCAUCUCCUUGGUCGCAGUCGCCAGCUCCUUCUCCAGCACCUCGCGCCCAUCCCGAACAAAACCCCUUCUUUUCCAACCACACCGUCGAUGAAACGGCUUUCGCUAAAAACCCUCCCUUACAUGAUUAUUCGAACCCUGACCCCUUAGAAGCAAUUGGGGUUGAUUUGGCCAAGUCUGUUGUUCACAUACCAUUAUUACAUAGUGGACCAUCCAAACAGUCGACUUCAGCUCCGUUGAGGUUCCCUGUCGCCGUCAUCUCAAUUCUCUCACCAGCCAUACCGUUUCCGUCCAAUCUGAGGCAAUCUUUAGCCUACCUUAUGCCCCAUCUUACGACCUCUUUCUGCCUGGCACAGCACUACAGUCAACUGGAGCGGCAGUUUGCGUCUCGGCUAGAGAUACCACGCUUUGGGAACCUGCUCGGGUUGGGCGGGACAUUCUCGGACGAGAGUAGCGAGUUGGAGCUUGUAGCAGGCCUCAGCGGCCAUGUUAGCUAUACUGUGACGGAUGAUGGCUCUCUGUCCGCCAGAGCCAGUCUGUCGAGUCCCGACGAUAGGGCCAGUUCGACCAGAUUUAGCCCAGCUAUAUCAACGCUCGGGACUCCUUGCCUUGACCUUAAUAUGGCCAGUAUAUCUGAAUCUCCCGGUUUGGCUGCUCGGCUUUCCGGCAACGAACCUCUUGACAGCUAUUUCAACGUGCCACAAUCAAAGACGUCCCGCGAUGGCCCAAGCCAGCAUCGAAGCCGGUUGGCAAAGAUUCGGCAUUCUGCUACAUCCCCGUCUGCUAUAUCACCAGGAAAACCGUGGCCGAAGAAUACAACGGACGAGGAAGCCGCUGCAUCGGACCCCAAUGUGACAGCCGUAUCUCCCCAAGAGCUAAAGUCGCAACCGAUUAUAUCACCCACACAAACAUCCUCUCGCCAGCACUCUGGUACUUCCUUCUACAAUCAGCUUCAGCGCGAGCUGCCACGCCCUUUUACCGAUACCGUCGCACAGCUCAUGUUAAACUCUGUUCCCCUGCACCUUUUCCUAGCAAAGCCUCAGAGUGGUGAAGUCAUCUGGACAAACUCCAAAUUUGAUGCGUAUCGGCGAAGUCAGCCACAGGAGCAGAAGCUGAGGGAUCCCUGGCAGAAUAUCCAUAGCAGCGAGCGCGGCCAUGUAGCUGAGCAGUGGGCGAAUGCGCUACGCACGGGCUCACAAUUCACAGAGCGAGUCCGCGUCAGGCGAUUCAACGAUGAGUCUGCAUAUCGCUGGUUUAUUUUUCGUGCAAACCCGUUACUUUCCGCAACAGGGGAAGUGUUGUAUUGGAUCGGAUCGUUCCUUGAUAUACAUGAGCAGCAUGUUACCGAGCUGAAGGCUGCGCAAGAAAGACAAAAGUUUGCAAUCGAUGCCAAGUACCGAGCCUUCUCUAACUCAGUGCCUCAAAUAGUCUUUGAGGCAGCCGAAUACAGGGGCCUGAUUUUCGUGAACGAGCAGUGGCAUCUGUACACUGGCCAGGAUCUCGAUGAUGCGUUGAACUUUGGCUUCGCGAAACACGUGCACCACGAUGAUCUGGAAAAAUGCGGUCUACUUUCUUUCUAUCUUGCGACUGGAACCCAGAAUAGUACCCCUGCUGUUCGAUCAUCAGAGGAGCCCUCGGAGGAUUCGACACGGAAACCACAAGCGCAGGAGCCGAGCUUCAAUCAGGGCGUCACCCCAGCGUUAGACGAGCUUGUUAAGCGCGGCGUGGCUUCCGUACAGCAAGAUGAGAACGGCCGUGUCUUUUAUUCGACAGAAAUCCGGCUCCGAUCAAAAGGCGGAGAUUUCAGAUGGCACCUUGUUCGUUUGGUCCGAGUUGAGACUAGCAGCUUUGGAAGCGGUGAGGCCUCGUGGUACGGUACUUGUACUGAUAUCAACGACCGCAAGAAUCUGGAGAGAGAGCUCAACAAGGCGAUGCAACAGCUUAACAACCAAAUGGAGUCGAAAACGAAGUUUUUCAGCAACAUGUCCCACGAGAUACGCACUCCCCUGAAUGGGAUAUUGGGCACUAUCCCGUUCAUUCUUGACACUCAGCUUGACACGGAUCAAAGGCGGAUGCUUGAUACUAUUCAGAAUAGCUCGACAAACUUGCGCGAGUUGGUUGACAAUAUUCUGGAUGUCUCCAGGGUUGAGGCUGGAAAGAUGUCCCUAGUCAGUUCUUGGUUCCAUGUGCGAUCAGUUAUUGAAGACGUGAUCGACACAGUGUCGUCUAGAGCAAUCGACAAAGGCCUCGAAAUGAAUUAUCUCAUGGAUGUGGACGUCCCGCAAAUGGUCAUUGGCGAUAGAUUCCGCAUUCGACAAGUCUUGAUCAACCUCGUCGGCAAUGCAGUCAAGUUUACCGCUCAAGGAGAGAUUCACAUACGUUGUUCAGUCGAUCGCAAUACUAGCUCCCUCUCCAAGCCGACUGAGAUUCUGUUGAACUUUGACGUUGUUGAUACAGGCAAAGGAUUCAGUGCGCAGGAUGCCGAGCGUCUAAUGCAGCGGUUUAGUCAACUCGGACAAAAUGCCUCGCAGCAAAAUGCAGGAAGUGGCCUUGGGCUGUUCUUGUCUAAGCAGCUGGUGGAAAUGCACGGUGGUCUGCUGACGCCUAGCAGUAAAGAGGGACAAGGGGCCAAGUUCUCAUUCUACGUCAAAGUGGACGCUCCGCCACCACCGGCCCCGGGCGAGCCUAGCCUUCCUCGGGAGCUGCGUGAGCCUUCAAAAUCCGGAUCCCUACAAAAGAUACUCUUUUCAUCUAAAGAGGCAUUGGAUUCCAAAGGCCGGGAACCAGCAGAACUCUCAUCGCCACUCGAAUCACCUCUUUCUCAACCCCCUCAACCCCCGUACAGCGCAGAGCUUUCUGCUCGCUUGGCAUCUGGCAACUUUUCCGCACGAUCUUCCUUCUCUUCUGCGUUGCCGACCCCGGAACUUCACAGUAUUGAUCCUCUAACGAGAGUAGACUCCUCCAAGUCCGUAUCUGGCCAGUCUGAGGCUUCUCUCAACCCUGUACUCAACAGUCCGGCAAAGGUGGGAGCUGGACUGGAGCCUGUACCGCCCGGAACUGCAUACUCAAUACUCAUCUUGUGUCCAUUGGAGAACACCCGUAAAGCUAUUACGCAGCACAUUGAGCAAGUGGUUCCUCAUGAGAUUCCAUACUCGAUCAAGUCUUUCCCGGACGUUGAGGAUUGGAAAGAUUCAGCGGACUUCGAUUCGGGUGCCCCUAUUACCCACCUGGUCCUUAACUUGCCCAAUGUGGAUGAGAUUGUGGAGGUGAUAAAUAUGGUCGGAACUCGUGAACCAGAGAAGGCGCCAACUCUUGUCAUUAUCUCUGAUCUCUAUCAGAAGCGCCGAAUUAUUUCCAAUAUCAAGGAGCUUUCCUCUAGUGGAAAGUGCGUCUUCACCGUACCAAAGCCUGUCAAACCAUCGGCCUUUUCUCCGAUUUUUGAUCCUAACAAUCGCCGCGACCUCAGCAAAGACAGAAACCAGGACACGGCUCGUGAAAUCAACAACAAUUUCAAGACCAUGUCAAAAAUGGUUAAGGAGGUUAUUGGGAAUAAGGGUUACCGGGUAUUGUUGGUAGAGGAUGAUGAGACAAAUCGCAUGGUCAUGAUGAAAUAUCUCGACAAGAUCAAGGUUAUGGCAGAGACCGCAGGGGAUGGUCAGCAGUGUACUGAGAUGGUCUUCUCCAAGGAACCGGGAUAUUACUCCUUGAUUAUUUGCGAUAUUCAGAUGCCCAUCAAGAACGGCUACGAAACAUGCCGUGAGAUCCGCAUGUGGGAACUGAAGAAUCAUUAUCCUCAGAUACCGAUCAUGGCUCUAUCUGCAAAUGCCAUGACCGACCAGAUCGAAGACGCGGCACGUGCCGGGUUCAACGACUACGUCACGAAACCAAUCAAGCACAAUGAAUUGGGGAAGAUGAUGAUGGGCCUUCUCGAUCCUGGCCGACCACUGCUUCUACUUCGGGAUCGCCUCAGGGAAGGGCCCGAUACUACUCCUCGUGCGGAGUGA